AAUAAAGAAAAUAUGUCAAAUUUUUUGCGAAAAUUAAAUUAUCGAAUUCAAAACAAAUAUCCAAUAGCGCGUCGAUCAGUUAAUUCAAUUUAUUCAAUAAGAAUUGGGAAUAAGCUCUCCAUUUGGUUGGUACCAUUCAAUCGAAUCCAACUCAAUUGUUUCUUUAUUCAAACAAUGAAUUUUCAAAUUCAAUCAAUCUAUUUUAUUUUUAGAAUUUCAAGUGGAUGAAUAGGAAUGUUGAGAAGGUCUUUCAUUUAUCUAUCAUUAUAGAUAAUCCCAUCUCUAUUAUCCAUUCUAUGGAAUUCGAACCUGAACUCUAUUUACAUUACGAUUCAUUAUUUCUAUCCCAUUGGAUUUCUUUUUUAUUUCAGCAUAUCGAUUUACGCCGAGCCUUUUUUUCAUUUUUUCUUUUUUUAUACCUAUAUCACGAAUUCUGUACAUUUUCACAUCUAGGAUUUACAUAUACAACAUAUAGCGCUGUCAAGGGGAAUUUCUUAUUAGUUAGUUAUUUUGAUUCCAAAGGGGUAAAAAAGAAAAUUUGGGUUGCGCUAUAUAUAUGAAAGAGUAUACAAUAAUGAUGUAUUUGGCAAAUCGCAUGAUCUGGUCUAAUAAUAAUAAUCAAACAUUCUGAUUAGUUGAUAAUAUUAGUAUUAGUUGGGAAUUUUGUGAAAGAUUCUUGUGAAAAGUUUAAUUAACAGCUAAUUCGUGUCGAGUAGACCUUGUUGUUGUGAGAAUUCUUAAUUCAUGAGUUGUAGGGAGGGAUUUAUGUCACCACAAACAGAGACUAAAGCAAGUGUUGGAUUCAAAGCUGGUGUUAAAGAGUACAAAUUGACUUAUUAUACUCCUGAAUACGAAACCAAAGAUACUGAUAUCUUGGCAGCAUUCCGAGUAACUCCUCAACCGGGAGUUCCACCUGAAGAAGCGGGGGCCGCGGUAGCUGCCGAAUCUUCUACUGGUACAUGGACAGCUGUGUGGACCGAUGGGCUUACCAGCCUUGAUCGUUACAAAGGGCGAUGCUAUCACAUCGAGCCAGUUCCUGGGGAAGAAAAUCAAUAUAUUGCUUAUGUAGCUUACCCCUUAGACCUUUUUGAAGAAGGUUCUGUUACUAACAUGUUUACUUCCAUUGUAGGUAAUGUAUUUGGGUUCAAAGCCCUGCGCGCUCUACGUCUGGAAGAUUUGCGAGUCCCACCUGCUUAUAUUAAAACCUUCCAAGGGCCGCCUCAUGGCAUCCAAGUUGAGAGAGAUAAAUUGAACAAGUAUGGUCGUCCCCUGUUGGGAUGUACUAUUAAACCUAAAUUAGGUUUAUCUGCUAAAAACUAUGGUAGAGCUGUUUAUGAAUGUCUUCGCGGGGGACUUGAUUUUACCAAAGACGAUGAAAACGUGAACUCCCAACCAUUUAUGCGUUGGAGAGAUCGUUUCUGCUUUUGUGCUGAAGCGCUUUUUAAAGCACAGGCUGAAACAGGUGAAAUCAAAGGGCAUUACUUGAAUGCUACUGCAGGUACAUGCGAAGAAAUGAUCAAAAGAGCUGUAUUUGCUAGAGAAUUAGGAGUUCCUAUCGUAAUGCAUGAUUACUUAACAGGGGGAUUCACUGCAAAUACUAGCUUGGCCCAUUAUUGCCGAGAUAAUGGCCUACUUCUUCACAUCCACCGCGCAAUGCAUGCGGUUAUUGAUAGACAGAAGAAUCAUGGUAUGCACUUCCGCGUACUAGCUAAAGGGUUACGUAUGUCUGGUGGAGAUCAUAUUCACGCCGGUACCGUAGUAGGUAAACUUGAAGGGGAAAGAGAUAUCACUUUGGGCUUUGUUGAUUUACUGCGUGAUGAUUUUAUUAUGGAUAAAAAGACCGGAAGCCGGCGUUCACAUUUUAAAGUUGUGUCAACUCAAAGAUUGGUUCUCUUCCAUCCCCCACGUGUUAUACCCGGCUUCAAGAAAGGGUAA